GUGGCGCAGUUACAGCCACCAAAAGCUUUAAGCCUGCAAGUCAAUCUUUCCGAGAAUUGGAAAAGUAGCAUCCCGCGGUUAGAAAUUGCACUGCGAGCGGCAUAGCAGAGAAAUCUUUGCAUGUUGCUGGAGAGGAGGCGAUACAAGUAUGUAACACGUUUGACUUCCAAAGAGAUGAGAGAUAAAAACGCAGUGCUUAAGAAAAAAUUCUAAGAAUAUUGUGAACCGAGGGACCAUCGGAGACGAUAGAAGCGUACGUCACGGACCUGAAAAGCAAGGCAAAGUCACUGUGAGUUUGAAAAGCUGCAGGACUCCCUGGUAAGAGGUAGAAUUGUUUGCUGUUUAAGGGACGACCAAGUGAGAGGCGGACCUCACGCUAGAAAAGGCUAUUGAUAUUUGCCUUGCCAGCGAGAUCACAUCUAGCCGAGUCAAAGCACUAAAUGAUGAAAUGGAAGUGCAUAGGAUCAGGACAGUAAAAGCAAACGGGAAGAACUACAAAAUUACUUAAGAACAGUAGGUGGCCACAAUGCAGCACCCGGAAACCAAGUCCCAUUCAGAGGCCGCACUGGUCAAGGCUGAGAUGUCAAUAGAGGAAGCACAGCCAAGGCUCAGCGAGCCCCAGGCCUCAGAACUGCUCGGCCGUCUCUUUGGGUUGACCGUGUCAUUGAUCCGCCCACUGCCAAGCUAUGAAGACCAGAACUUUCAUGUGGAGGCCGGCGAGGGAGGCCAGUAUUUGCUGAAGAUCAUGAACUAUGUGUUGAGCCAGAGUCUGGAUCAGUAUGAGCUGCAGAACCACGCCAUGGCCUUCCUGCACCAGCAUGGUCUGCCUGUUCAGACUGUCCUGCCCACCCUCACUGGGACCAUGAUGAGUCUUGAGGAUAUCGAUUGUGGAUCUGGUAGUCAGAAGUACUUGGUGCGUUUGUUGAACUUCUUGCCUGGAACCACCAUUGCUAAUAUCCACUGUUCCCCACGCAUGCUCUACCAGGUAGGAAGGAUGGCAGCAACAACGGAUACAAUGCUGCAGAAGAUGGAGCACCCCAAACUGUGGGCCUUGCAGCGAGAGAACUACUUGUGGGACCUGGGUAAUGUGCACCUGCUGGAGCCCUACCUGCCGGCGCUGGAGGGAGAAGACGAGCUUCGGCUCGUGAAGGACGUCAUGAAGAUGUUCAAGAGUGAAGUCUUGGUACAUAUGAGUUCCUUCCGCAAGAGUCCAAUUCAUGGAGAUUUCAAUGACCAAAAUAUCAUAGUGGAACCAGACUCUCCGAUUGGCUACAGAAUCUCUGGAAUCCUGGACUUCGGGAAUAUGAACUAUGGCUACUCCAUCUUUGAGCUGGCCAUCACCAUUAUGUACAUGAUGAUCGAGAGCCAAAGUCCGCUGGAAGUUGGGGGGGCGGUGUUGGCGGGCUGGGAGAGCGUCCUCCCGCUGGACGAGGUGGAGCGAGACGCUCUGUACACGCUGGUACUGGUCCGAUUCUGCCAAUCUCUGGUAAUGGCUCACCAUACAGCCGCACUUCGCCCAGAAAACAAAGACUACCUCAUGAUCACUGCACGCAAGGGGGUCCGACUUCUACCCUUGCUCUGGAAGCUUGGCAAGGAGGCUGUGCUCAAGAAGUGGGUAGAUGAUGCUGGAGAGUAUUCAGACAGGAAGUGAUGAUAGGACUGGUGUGAUGCAGGUUCCUGCUGCUUUCGGGUUCAUAUGGGUUUGCUUUAUUAUUCAGAUAUCUUAUUUUCUCUAUAACCUAUGCAAAAGAGCAUUCUGUCAAGCAGAAAUAUUGACCUCGGAAUGUGACAGUCGGAAACAAUAUGAUUUACAGGAAGUUCUCUUGCUGUACCAAUUUGGCAGAACAGUUUUUUUUGGGCACUGGUCUGUGUUCAGGCUGGAGUGGGUUUAUUUGUAUUAAAUUCUCCUUUUCAAUCUGGUCAGAUGGAGUCACGUGACGCAAUGCGAGAGUAGGAAGCUGAGCUUGUCGCUCCGCAUCGCUCUGCUACAUUUAUCCGAUUGAAAUAUAUAUAACCAGGAAAUAACCGCACGGUUUUGUUUAUGAACAGUUGUGGGGCCAAAAUAUGUCUAAACUAUUGAAGAACCCAACUUGUGGAGACAUAAAAAGACACUUAUGCUCACACGGGACUGACGAUAUGCAAGUCCAAGAUGCAGGCGAUGUGACCGGCGACGGUGGUGAUCAGCAACCCCAGAAUAUUGGCCAAGAUAUUGACAA